AUAGUGACGCUGUGUAGCAACGUCACAGGAUGCGCGAAUAUAAACUGGUCGUCCUUGGCUCGGGAGGUGUGGGAAAGUCUGCGCUGACUGUACAGUUUGUUCAGGGAAUAUUUGUUGAGAAGUAUGACCCAACAAUAGAAGACUCCUACAGAAAGCAAGUUGAAGUAGACUGCCAACAGUGUAUGCUUGAAAUCCUCGACACGGCGGGAACAGAGCAGUUUACAGCAAUGAGAGAUCUGUAUAUGAAGAAUGGCCAGGGGUUUGCACUAGUAUAUUCUAUAACUGCACAGUCAACGUUUAAUGACUUGCAGGACCUGAGAGAACAGAUCUUGCGAGUGAAGGACACUGAAGAUGUUCCCAUGAUUCUGGUUGGCAACAAAUGUGACUUGGAAGAUGAGCGAGUAGUGGGCAAAGAAUUGGGGCAGAACCUAGCAAGACAAUGGAACAACUGUGCCUUUUUAGAGUCCUCCGCAAAAUCGAAGAUCAAUGUUAAUGAGAUCUUUUAUGACCUGGUCAGGCAGAUCAAUAGGAAAGCGCCAGUGGAAAGGAGUAAAAAGAAGAAAUCACAAUGUAUGCUGCUUUAAACUUCUGCUAUGCAGCAGGUCUGAGCCAGGUAUGAAGAACUGUUGCCUAAUUGGAAAGUGCUAGCAUUUCCAAUUUCAAAAGAAAAUUAACAUAUCUGAAGAGGCUUCACCCGUUUUUAUAUCUUCAAUUUAAAAAGAUCUCAGAAGACCGUUUGCACAUACUGUUCCUGAAAUUUGCCAUGUGCAUCGCUUGAACAGACAGUAUUUUCACCUUUUUGCAUAGUGGUUAUAGCCAAUGUGGAUUUAAUGAUGAGUUAGUUGUAUGAUUAUACAAAAAAAAAGCAUGGACACAUUUCCAAUGUUGUAGAUGUUGCAAGUGAAAUUAAGAGUUGAUUACAUAUUGGCCUUUUAUCAUUGCACCUCUUCUCCCUCUCAAGCACUAAUAGUUCAUUGGUUUUUGACAUUUUUAGUCCAUAUUGUUCUUGAUGGACUUAUCCCAACAGUUAACAUCUACUUUUGGUCAUUGUGACUCCAUUUUAUAUUGGGAUGUUGCAGGAUCAUCUUACUUUCACUAUACAAUUGUAUUCUAAUUAAAAUGUUUUGUGCAUAAUGCUUUGGAAAAUGGGGUCUUUUAUAGGAAAAUUGUGGAAAGCUGAUUUCUAUGUCUCUCAAAGCUGAAAAUAUAUUAUACUAAACCAACUCUAAAUUGGCUUCCUGGGUCUCAUUUGUUUUCUUACGAAUCUAAUUUUCUUUAACAUUUUGGAUCAGUGUGUUGCAUUGCAGAUAUGGCAGGAUAUUUCAGACUGGGAAAUUCUGGCACUAGACUGCUGCAUGCACUGUUUUACACCUCCCCGUCCUCUUACGCAACACAAUACAAACCCUCCUUUUCUCAGCUGCAAAACCCUGAACUUAUCAUGAGUUUCAAAGGCAUCUUCGGAUACAUGUAAUGGUCAAUGGAUCAGAGUUUUUAAAGAUUGUUAGCUCCAGGUAUUUCUGCUGUUAUUAAAAACGUUAAUGGUC